UUGUUUUUUUCUUGUUUCUUGUUAGCAAGGAUUAGGGCUAGUUUCUGGGUUCUAUUUGGUUCUGAUUUCGUCGGGGUUUGCCCGAAUCGAGGUUAUGGUGCCUUGUUUGUUGUGGUGUUUUGCUUGGGGGUUUCUUUUGCCAAUGGCGUGGAGUUCGUGAACGCGCUCAAUUCCUUCUCGUUUUCCCUUUUCUCUCUGGUUUUACGGAUUCUAUUGCGUUUGGGACAGAAAAGAUUUAGAGGUUUAGCUGAGAGAAUUCUUAGUGUUGUAUGGCGGAAUGAGUAACUUGGAACCAUGGGCGUGAAGAUUGCUCUUCGGAGAAGCACCGUAAACGUUGACGAUGGUCGUCCCGUCCAUGCAGACCCUAAUGGUAAUGAGAUUCUGCCAUCUCCGGCUUCGACAAGCAAGCCCGUCGAGGCGGCUCCUCCUCCCAAGUGCAAUAAGGGGGAGAAGAGUGUACUCGAUGACAUAAUGGGCGACCCUGAUGAUUUCCAAGACUUUGGUGAUCUUGGUGCGGGUUCCGACGGUGAGCCCGGUAGAUGGGAAGAUACAUGUAGAAAAUGCUUUUCAGCCGAUAAUGUCAUUGUGGAGGGCAAAGUACUGGGGAGGACAGGUUCUGAGGCAGACAAAAAAGGUUCUCCUGAUAACCUAAGAGAAAAUGCAUCGAUAGUGGAUUCUUCAUUGACAGAAAGUAAGCAAGAUGUGGAUAAUCGUGAGGAUAGAGGUAUCUCAAGUUAUAAAGGCAAUGAACCUUGCAACUUUAUAAUGGCUGAUGAGCAAGAAAAUCAUUCUUUUGUUGGAAGAACUGACUUAAAUGAUAUGCAAGACAAAAAUCUGAAUGUGACAAGAUAUUUUAUUAUAAAAAGUCUAAGUCACCGUAAUAUUGAGCUCUCCGUUGAAAGAGGUAUUUGGGCUACACAAGUAAUGAACGAACCAAUUCUGGAGGAAGCUUUUCAUAACUCAGACAGAGUAAUUCUUAUCUUCAGUGUCAAUAUGAGUGGGUACUUCCAAGGCUAUGCACAGAUGAUGUCUCCUGUCGGUUGGAGGCGUGAUAAUGUUUGGAGUGAAUCUAGUGCUGGAAGUAAUCCAUGGGGACGGACUUUCAGGGUUAAAUGGCUUCGACUGCACGAUCUACCCUUUCAAAAAACUCUUCACCUUAAAAAUCCGUUGAAUGAUUACAAGCCUGUGAAGAUUAGCAGGGAUUGCCAGGAGCUAACACAGGAAAUUGGUGAAGCUCUUUGUGAACUUAUUGAUGGCCAAAGUGGCCUGGAUGGGAAAUUGAAGAGGGGUAAUGCUUUCAGGGAUGAGUACUAUGUCAAAAGGCCUUGUCGAGAAUCUCCAGUUCCUUCAACAGAGGACGAAUAUUCAAUGUCUGCUCAUUCCUCACAAAUUGCAUGGGGCAGGACAUCAGUACCAUAUCCUUCUUACCCUCAAGACUUGAUGUUGUCUGCGGCACGAAAUUUACAAGUACCAUAUGCAAGAUCUGCUGAUGGUUUGCACUCAGAACCUGUUCCUUCCCCACUGGAGGUAAAAAAGGGAUCUUGUAAGUGGCAUCAUGCAAAACCUGCAAAUGGACGAGAUGGGAAUUGCUCUUCUUGGUUAGACAAGAAGGAUUAUCCUACCAAUGAACGAGCACCUUUUGAUGAUUCUGUAUCUGAGGAAGAUAUACUUGAUAUGACAUACGAGGAAUACCUACAAGCUCACGCGAGAAACAGAGUGCCAUUCAGCAAUCAGACUAUGGCACCGUCGCAUUCUUCUCAGGUGAAACCAACUAAAAAGGAGGAUGAAGAUCAAUACUCCAAGUAUCUGGCCAACUGGUAUAGUUCUCAAAGGAGGCGGUUAAUGAGCACAAUCAGCAUCCCACACCAAUAGUUUUGUCGUCAUUAAGAAUCUACGAAUGGUGCUUGGCGUGCAGUUUGCUUGCAUGCUAACGUCGACUGUUCUGUACAAUAUAUUUUUAUUUAUGUGCAAUCCGAGAAUUUGAUAACUAGCUUUUCAUUGCUGUUCAAUUGAAUAUAGGUUAAGAUGGUGGUUUGUCAGAUUACUGUCUUCAAAAUCUGUAUAAAUGUGUAUGAUGUAUGAUUUUUGCAGUUCUCUCAUUAUGUAUUUGAAGCACCCUUUAACCAA